UCUACUCAGGUCUAUCCUCUUUGAUUGAGGUUAUAUACUGUCUCUAGAGUAAAUGUCACCGCCCUGAAUUAAAAAAUACUUGAUUAUCGGUUGCAAAUGAAUUCUAAUGUCUUUGAGUGAAGAACAAGUCGUGGACAUCUUAUGACGAGUGAAAAAAAACGAAUGCCUGUUUGCAAAGAAACAUAUAUUAACAAAAAAACGAUGACCAGUCAUUUUGAAGGCUCACUAAAUGUUUAUUUUUUGAUAUCUAAUCAAUAUGCAAGUGAAGAUGAUUGUUCAGAGGACAUGUGGGAAGCUUUCCAGAAAUGCAAAGAAAAUGAGAUUCCACCGCAAUGGAUCAAGGAGAAUGAGUGCCAGAGAUUGAAACCAGAGAAAACAGAUAUUUUUGUGCUGGAGAAAUUUCAGGGAGACGUCUUCAAAAAACUUCAGGGAACAAAAUGCUUUAGAAUACUUGGACCGAAAUGCCUCCUGCGCUGUUUCUUGACGAACGAGCCAAUUCCUCCAGGCACGAGCCCAGUAUUAAACACAGCAAUGCGCGAUGUCGUUGCUUGCUUUUCUGGCUUCAGCCCCGAGGAUAAACUAGUCUACCAGCAGAAAAUUGAAUACAUGGGUGGAAUCUGCAUAAAAGAGCUGCGCCACUGUGUUACCCACCUCAUCGGGGAUUCCGUCAUGUCCGCAAAGUACGAAAAAGCUAUGGAAGAUGGUAUAAAAGUUUACACGAAAGACUGGAUCUUCGCAGUAUGGGAAACAAACCUGAAAGAUUACAUACCUGCAACCGACGGGAGUUUCGACAAAUAUCAAGUCCCAGUCUUUAUGAACCUCGUUGUAACAUCCACAAAUAUUCCCAAAGAUGAAAAAGAUGAAUUAAAAAAAAUAAUCGAACAGAAUGGCGGUAAGUUCAUGGGUCCCCUGGACGGUCAGAAGGUGAAAAUUCUCAUUGCAAAGGAGUACACAACGAUGAGUGACAAAAUAAGAUUUGCGAUGGCAAACAGUAUUCCUUGUUUAAAACCAGACUGGGUGAAAAAAAGUAUAGAAGUAGGCUACGCGCUCCCUUUCAACGAGUUUCUCAUUUCUCCAUCCCAUAAAAACAAGUGUUCUACCCCAGAGAAAGGAUCACAAUUGUCACAGACAAAUUUCAAUAUUUCAACCAUCAGCUGUAUCCAAGGAGACCUGAACCCUAACGCCCUCAUUAAUGAGACGAUGUCCAGUACGCUAAAUGCAACUGCUCAUCUGAGCGUCCCGAAUCGGAGUCUCCAAGUAUCAACAGUAUCAGGGAAUCACAUAAGUAUCACGGAAGCGAAGAAGGCGGGUCCUUUCUUAGAUGGCUGCAAUAUUUAUUUAGCGGGCUUCUCCUCAAUUCAAAGAGACAAAAUUAACAAAAUAAUAAAUAUGGGAAGCGCAACGAGGUACGAUGAAAUAUCGGAGACUCUCACCCACGUGAUUGUUGGAGAUCCAGGGAAAGCGUUCGGAGAUUUGAAGAUAAUUCAGGCGAAAAGCCUCCACCCUCACAUCUUAAACAUUCAAUGGUUAGAGGAGAGUAUCAAACUCAAAAAACCAGCGCCAGAGGAGUCAUUCGCAUAUGUCAGGAAAGAAGAACCAAACAGAGUUGAGCUCCCUUCAUCUCCACUAUCUAAAAAGAACCUUCAAAUGCUCCAGAAAUCGAAACGUCCUCUAGUCCCAGUAUUCCAGAUGGAUAACGUUCCCGAGCCGCCUGAGCACGAACCGGAUCUCAUAGAACAAUACCUCCAGCGGCAAAACUCCGAUCGGUCGAUGAGCAAUUUCCCCCCUGAAAAAUCCGAUCCUAACCCCUCAAAAUCGGUGAGCCAAUCCGCAGCCAACGACAGCGAAAUGCCUUUUAGUCAGCCCUCGACAAUGGGAGCUCAAAUAUUUCAAAAAUUAACAUUUUUCGUUACUAGUUUGACCGAAGAAGAAGAUGGUUCCCUAAGAGAAAACAUUUCUGGUCUCGGUGGAAAAUUGGUCUCUCGGAGUUUCACAGGAAUCACUGAUUUUGCUAUUGUUCCGUUCAAUGGAGUCAGUUUAAAAACAACCGCAAAUCAAGUUGUUACCAGUUUGUUCGUUGAUGACUGUUUGGAUCAUGAUGCGGUGGUAGAUAUUCAGUAUUACCAUCUACCAAUUUGUAUUCCUGAGAGCGUAAAACCUCUCGCAGAUUGUGUUAUUGUUGUUUCGGCCUAUACAGGAAUAGAGCGGACUUAUUUAUCUAAAUUAGCAGCGGCGCUAGGUGCUCGGCAUCAAGACAUGUUUGCCCGAAAAACCAACAUUGAAAAGGGAUUGUACGGUGGCACUCAUUUGAUUUGCACAUCUCCGGAAGGGAAUAAGUACAAUGCCGCCGUGAAGUGGAAACGGCCAGCGGUAACAGCUGAAUGGCUGAGAGCCUGUGCAGAGAAGUUGACAUUAGUUGAUGAGACUCCAUUUUUAGUCGGUGAGACCAUGGCUCCAGAGCGCAAGAAUCUACUCGAGGGCGGUGUAGUGCCUGCUCCAUUGAGUCUCCCAAAUCGACAGAUCUUAACGCCAAAGAGACUUCUCAAUCAAACACCGAACAUGGAGACUCCAAUCAUCAACAAACGAUUGAGUUUGAACAAGAACAAUAGUGCGAAUUCACCAUUCCACUUUGCAACACCUGAAACUCCUUAUGGUCAGGUGUUCCAAGCAAGUCCUUCACCUAAUACGAAGAAAGCUUGGGCGAAGUGGAUUGAUGGUCUCCCGGAAAAUGUCGAAGAGCAGCAACCGAAGAAACGGAAGCUUAGCACCCCAUUGUCAGAGCUGAAACGUCAACUAUGGUCAGCGUUAAAAAAACCUAAGAAUUCUGGAGACGAACAUAGCGAACAUAGCGAUAGUUUCCAACAUACCAACGAGCAGGAUUCGCUUGAACAACAAAAUGAGCAUGGCGGGAUGACGAAUGAAGAACAACAUGGUGAGCAGAUUGUUCCAAUAAAUCGAGAGCUGUCAUUCGAUGAUGACACUCCAAAGAAGACUGAGAUUCACCAGGAGUUAGAAGAGAUGGAUAAAAUGCUGAAGGCCACGUCGUCGAGUUCCAAUGAGGGGAGAUUCUCAAUUCACGGAGAGGAGCGAGAGAAGAUCAGUGAGAAUUGUAAUGUGCCAGCGACACAGGCGGAGAGUGUAGGGUGGGAAGAUCCUCACCCCCAGACUCUGAAGAUAGCAAUGAGGAAUGAAAAGAGCACCUUGGAGGAAACGGAAGAAAUUGAGAAAGCUCAAGAAGCUCAGGAACCACUAGAAACGGUGAAGAAAUUCAAAUUUAUGCUCUCUGGAAUUAAAGAUAGAGAAUAUCACGAAGCCCUGAUCAGGAAAUUGGGGGGAGAGGUAUCAACGCAAUCAGUAUUCGAUGAUUCUGCGACGCAUUUGUUAUGCAUUCGCCCUUCAAGAAAUGAAAAAAUGUUGGGUAGUAUUGCUGGGGGUAAAUGGGUUCUGCAUUCUUCGUAUUUACGAGAUUGUGAAACUGCUGGUCGUUUUAUUGAUGAAGAGAGCUAUGAGUGGGGGAAUGCUCUUAAUAAAGAUAACGUACCGUCCAUUGAUGUCGAGAGUGAGAAGACGAUCGCUGCAGCAGCGCACCGAUGGCGAAUGACGUUGAAAAAUUCGAGGAAAGGUGCGUUUGAGGGGAUAGUUGCCAUGUUAAUGGUGAACAAGGACAAGUAUGAUCAGUUUGAGAGACUCAUCAAGGCUGGUGGAGGUACUGUUGUGCAGGCAAAACCUCCGUAUGAUUCGAGUCCAUCUGAGAAAAAAAUUACUCACUGUUUUAUUGCUAAUAGAACUGGUCAACCGAUGGACUGGGCCAUGCUGGCCAGUAAGGGCAUCAUGUGCUUUCCACCACAGUUUCUUAAUACUUUGCUCACCACAAAUGGGCCCCUUAAUCCACGAGAUCAUGUUAUACCAGAAUUUAAAAAAUAUUUGGCUUUAUUACCUAAAUGAUUGUGUAAAUAUAACGAUUUGGAAUUGGUUACAGAUAAAAAUCAAGUUCGGUUCUUUUAAUUUCAUUUCUUUUCGGACCCUCUCGUGUAAUUUUUCAACAUAUUUAUUCAGCGGUGAAUCAGAGUAUGUGGACGAUUUUUGAUAAAAUAUGAUUCUGUGUAUAAAGGUAA